AUGAGAUUGGAAAAAAAUAAUGGUGUGUUUCACCAAUCAACGCAACAGUUGUCUCCGCUUCCUGCUUAUAGUGUAGUGAAUUUAGCAGUGUAUAUAGAGUCACAGUGUUCAGAUACUUCAAGCUUUAUUCAUCGACGACUUCUUCCAGCCUGGAAGGAAUUGUCUGUAACGAAUAGAAUAUCAAUAAAAAUAGUGCCUUUUGGCAAAGCAAAGUGCUACAAAUUUGACAGCAGUUACAACUGUGAAUGCCAACAUGGACCAUCAGAGUGUGAAUUAAAUCAACUUAUGAACUGUGUAAUUUAUGUCGUUCGCGAUCCUCUUACUUAUGUUCCUAUGAUAUCUUGCAUUCAAGGAAGAAGGGAUCUUAAUUCGGCUAUAUUGAAGUGCUUGUCUAAGUUUCAUGCUUCUACUAAAGGGUAAGU